AUGGUUCAGCAAUCAAAGGUUCUGAGCUCCCCGCUUGGUGCGCGACAGCUUUCAUCCGAGGCCACCAACAUCCGUGAGAAACGAGGCGAUGAACCCAAUGAUGUAGUUUUCGAGAGCAAGUAUGGUCUACGAACAGUCAUGCUCAACCGACCGAAGAAGCUCAAUUCGCUCAAUGCCUCGAUGAUUCGAAAGAUUGUGCCCCGACUAAUCGAAUGGGAAAAGUCUGAUCUCGCCAACGUUGUCGUUAUGAAGGGUGCUGGUGAAAAGGCCCUUUGCGCUGGAGGUGACGUCGCUGCGCUCGCCCAGCUCAACCAGGAGGGUGAGGAUGGUUGGCAGAAGUCGGCACAAUACUUCGCCCUCGAAUACAAGCUGGACCACUACAUUGCGACAUACAAGAAGCCCUAUAUCGCUUUUAUGGAUGGUAUCACUAUGGGAGGUGGUGUUGGUUUGAGUACCCAUGCUCCUUUCAGAAUCGCGACUGAGAAGACUGUCUUUGCCAUGCCCGAGACUACAAUUGGUUUCUUUCCCGAUGUCGGCGCUUCUUUCUUCCUUCCUCGAAUGAACGGAUCUGUCGGGACUUACCUUGCGCUUACUAGCGAGCGACUCUCUGGCCCCAACGUCUUCUACUCUGGUAUUGCCACCCACUACCUGCAUUCAACCAGCUUGCCUGAUCUAGAGGCACGCCUAGCCGAACUGCGGUUCCGGGACAGCGACGGUUUGCCUGAACGACUGGCACUCAUCAACCAGACUCUCGAAGAAUUCUGUACGGGUCUGCCAUAUGAUCAGCCCAUAACUUUGAGCGGCGAAAUUCGCCAGGCAAUCGACCGAUGCUUUAACAAGCACACCAUCAGUGAUAUCAUUGCUGCCUUGGAGGCCGAGCGGGGUCCAACUGAGGAGUGGGCGCAGAAGCAGCUCAAGACUCUACACAAGCGAUCACCCACAGCUGUGCACGUGGCUCUUCGCCAGAUGCGUGUAGGUGGUGAGUGGGAUAUUGCUGAGACAUUCAAGAGGGAGCACCAAAUUGCCACCAAGUUCAUGCAGCAUCCCGACUUCACCGAGGGUGUAUCAGCACUGCUCAUCCGAAAGGAGGCGCCCAAGUGGCAGCCAGAGUCCCUCGAGGCGAUUGGAGGCACAAAUGUGGCCAAGCCUUUCUUUGAGUACGACUCCAAUAAUGAAUUAAACCUUUUCACCGAUCGCACAUUCAAGGAAUACCCUCACCGGGAACUUGGUGUGCCAUCCGAGAAAGAGAUCGAGCAAGUUCUGUCAAGCGGCACAUACACCCAGGAACAGCUGGCCAACAAAAUCGUGUCUUCACGCAACGGUCGCCAAGGCAUCCCUGAGGUCGUCAAAGAGAUCAUCGCUCGCAAGACGGCAGUGGAUGACCAAGGCAAGGCUGUUUGGAUGGCGGAUGAGUCGAUCCCUGGAAGCCGACUGUAA